GAAAGUUUUGGUGACGGACAAGAAGAUGGCGCUUUCCAGUGGGAACGUGUGUCGGAGGUUUUUGUUGCUUUUAGCUCAAGAAAACCUGGAGUUCCGGCUCCCGGAGCUAAAAUCCCUGUUUUCUCUUUGUGCUGGACAAUUAAGGUGUGAGGAAAACUUUGAUGAAAAGUCUCCAUUCUGGAUUCUCCACAUUCCCUCUGAGGACAUGGCAAAAGGAAUCAUGAAACGGACAGUGUGUGCAAAAUCAAUAUUUGAAUUGUGGGGUCAAGGAAGAUCACAUGAAGAACUUUAUAACUCACUGAAAAAUUAUCCUGCAGACAGAAUGAUCCCAUUCCUUCAGUGUGGUUCAACAUAUCAGAUAAAGGUUUAUGCAUUCAAUAAAACAUUGACACAAAAAGAGAGGAUUCAAAAGAUAGAUAAUUUAGACUUCCUUCCCUUUCAAGGAACAGUGAAUCUAAAGAAUCCAGAGCAUGUGUUUUGUUUACUUGAAGACUAUGGUACAGACCCGAAUCAUGCUCCCGAGAAGCCUUUUUCUAUUUAUUUUGGAAGAUGGCUUGCAGAUGGUCGGAGGGAGUUAAUCAACUUGUACAGUGUGAAGAAGCGUCACUUCAUUGGGAAUACCAGUAUGGAUGCAGGUCUCGCCUUUCUAAUGGCAAAUCAUGCAAAAGCAAGACCCAAUGACUUGGUAUUUGAUCCAUUUGUGGGAACAGGUAGUCUUCUUGUAGCUUGUGCCCAUUUUGGUGCCUAUGUAUGUGGAACAGACAUUGACUACAACAUUAUUCAUGGACGUGGUAAGGCCAGCAGGAAAAACCAGAAAUGGAGAGGACCAGAUGAGAACAUCCGGGCUAACCUUCGCCAAUAUGGCUUGGAGGAAUUCUAUAUUGAUGUGCUUGUUUCUGAUGCCUCAAAAAAUAUAUGGAGGAGAGGGAAGUUGUUUGAUGCAAUCAUCACAGAUCCUCCAUAUGGCAUAAGGGAAUCCACAAGAAAAACAGGAUCACAGAAAGAAAUUUUAAAACCAACAGAGGAAUACAUGGAAAGUCAUGUCCCAGUCUCUAUGAGUUAUCACUUGAGUGACAUUUUCAUUGAUCUGCUGAACUUCGCUGCAGAAAACCUGAUCCUGAAUGGUCGUCUGGUUUAUUGGUUACCUGUGUAUAAACUUGACUACUCUGAAGAUGUUAUCCCCCAGCAUCCUUGCCUGAAACUUAUUAGUAACUGUGAACAGUCUCUCACAACCCAUACAUCGCGGCAGCUGAUUACAAUGGAAAAAGUGAAAGAAUUUGAGGCUGCGAUCUUCUCCCUCUGUGGUCUCUUCAGCUCCCGGAUAAGGAUCGAUAUGCCCAUCUUAUUGACGCAAAGUACAGUCCAUAUAUGGGCCACAAUUCAUUCCGUGACAAGUACUUCAGUGGAGUAAUGAAGAAGAUUUCUAAAGAAAAUUGAAAUAUUCAAAGCUGAACAGUUCAAAUCUAUUUUGAACCAUGAAAUGACUUUAAAGGAUCAUUUUAUUUGGCUGUUUUACCAAACUUAAGUCUUAAAGUUUGAGAGAAGUAAUGAGUUCUAAAUUGCUUUAUAUGUUAUAUGGCCAAAUAGAAUAUGCAUAAGCUGUUAAAACAACAAAUAUCCUUUUGUAUGAAUUAAGUAUGUUUGUAAAUAAUUAAUUUGUUAUGAGAGAAAAACACAAAGGAAUCCAGUUUGUAAAGCAAAUCAUGCAUUGAGAUGUAACAAGAAAUCAGUAUUGAGCCAAAAUAGGUUAUCCUGCCAUAUUAUAGAUAAAAUUGAAAGAAUGUUACCAGCUGACAUAGGUUUACAUUAAUGAAUGGUAAAUUUACAAUUAAUAAUUAGGAGAUAUUUCGCAAAUAAAUAAUGAAAAAGAAAUAUACCUGCAAGUAGAGCAGUGAUGGUGAAAGUAUUUGGAAUAUUUCAGAAGUAGUAGAGUGAUUUGUGUAAUUUUCCAAUGUACCGAAUAAUGAAAUGGGAUAACCAUAUGAUACAUAAAAUGGGCUGACUGGCAGGGACAAGAAUAAUCCAUUAAGCCUGGUGUGCAUGUGCCGUCAUAUGAUAAGAUCAUAGUUGAUCUGUGUCCUCGCUCCAAAUGUCCAUCUUUCCCCUAAAUUACUUUGUACCCAUCGUUAACUUUCACUCUCAGGUUUAACAGUGAUAAUUGAUUGAGCAUUAAUUGCUAUUUCUGGGUAUUCCAAACUACUUCUAAUUGUUAUGUGUUGAAGAUGUUCCUAAUUUCACUCCUACAUUUCCAUGCAGUUGUUGCCCUCUACCUUUGUACGUAGAGUACUUUAACCAAGACUUUAUGUAGCUGAAGCAUGACUUCUACUCCCUUGUAUGCUAGAUUUUUAAAUAUAAAGGUCAAAAUUUUAUCAGC